UUUCCGCCACGAAAAAAACACAUGAAAUUAUGAAACACAAAGACUAUUUCGAAAAUGAACUCCCUCGUCAGAAUUGAAAUCGCAAAUUUUUUCGAAAAUUGAACGUACAUUGAUAUGAUCGUUGAAAAGUUAUGACACUACCGCCGCUUUUCGCCAACGGAUUUCCAGCUUCCGUACGCGAUUCCCGCGAGAAUCAAGUCGAUGUUUACUGGUAUCAACAGGAUUUUGCACAAAGUCGUUAUCCACCGGGACAGUGCGUAAGUGAAGCAUGCACCCUCAUAUGCCUCCUGGUAGCCCAGCGGAUAUGCCAAACAGGCCUUAUACUUUGGAACGUGAACAAUUGUUCAAAAUUAAAUAUUAUAAUAGCAGAGGCUAUUCUUGAAGGUAACAGAACACACGCGUGGAUCGUUAGAAACGGUCUGAUACCUCAUCCAUAUUUGAAUACGAAUGAGGCUCUACAGUUCGGUGGGAAACGUCUAAAAACACUAACGGAAUGGAAAUUUCGAGUAUAUCGAGAAAGUAUAGAAAAGGCUCUGUGCAAAAAUAUCGAAAGCUUUUUACACGAGUGGUACCAAAAACCUAAAGCUGAAACGCUUUUCAUGUUACUCAUUACUUGCGGACGUACUGUUCUCUUCAUUUUUCAAGAACAAACGUACAAGGUUACGCUUUUCGAUUCUCAUGGUCACAGUACUCCUAGAAAUGGUGACCAAGGAUUAGUAAUUGCUCAGACAACAAUGGAAAAACUGCAAUACCUUUGCGACUGGUAUAUCGAGGCUGUGCUAUACAAUUGCUUCAAUGUUCAAGCGCAUCAAUACGAGUUAGCAUUCUUGCAUGAAAAUUGUCGACCAUCGUGUUGCAAGGAUAAUCUCUUGUGCAACUGUGGCUGCCUCGAGUGUUAAAUUAUGAUAAAAACAAGAGAAAAACGAAAAAUGUACGUGCAUAACUUUUCAACGAAAAUUUCAUGAAUAAAAAACGAA